GGGUCUCUGUGCGGACGAACAGCAAGGUGAAUAAUGGCAAGCUUCCAGGAACGCAUCAGCCAGUACCGGAUGGCGCCCUUUGACGCCAGGUUCCCCAACACCAACCAGACUCGCAACUGCUACCAGAACUACUUGGACUAUCAUCGCUGCCAGAAGGCUCUGACCGCACAGGGCAAGGACGUGUCCGUGUGUGAGUGGUAUAACAGGGUAUAUAAAUCCCUGAGCCUCAGUUCUUGGGUUAACAAAUGGGAUGAUUAGAGGGAGUUGGGAAGCUUCCCUGGGAAGAUCUGAAUGACCAGUUGGGACAUGCUUCUCCUUCGCUCCUCCUCUAUCCCCCCAGAUCGCUUGUCAUUUUCUCUCUUACCCAAAGUCUACCUUGGACCUUUGCUGAUUGAGUGAGGGGGUGUGGUGGGGUUAAUGUUCAUGAGCCCUCCCCCAGCUCUCUGCUCCCUUUUUCUGUUGGAGAU